AUGGAUUCAAAGAUUAAACAGUUAGAGGAAAUGGGGUUUACCCAUGACCAAGCGGAAUCAGCAUUGCAAAGAGCUAAUAAUGACUUAGAACAAGCAAUUGGCUAUUUAUUUGGGGACUCCGAAGAAAAGCAUCCACCAGAAGCACAAAUGUUUGAUGAAGAUUACAAUAUACACAGUGGUACCGUUGCUAUUUCAAACCCACAAGACAUUCCACAGUUUCCAUUACAAGAAUCACAAAACUAUGGAUAUGGUAGUGGAUGGGGUACUGAAUCAGAGCAACUCGACUUGGAUGAGUUUAACCUUUUUGAAAACCCAAAGGCAUUUUUGAGGAACAAGGAGACUAUCCCCGCAGUCGUUCCUAAAAUAGGCAACACACCAGGACGAUUUGUGAUACCAUUGUAUGUGGUACUAUGCCAAAAUCAUGCCUUCAAUGAGAUUUUACUAAGUAAAAACGUAGAUCAAGAAUUUACCGAGAAUUGGUUCAGUGAUCAACAGGAGGAGGCUGAAUCGAGUCAAGACGACAGCGAAUCAUUCAUUGCAGCAAUUCAACAACUUAUUGCAUUCUUUACAACAACCAGUGAACGUUCGUUCAUCAGCUCAGAGGGGUUUUACAAUAAAGUGUCCGAAUCAUUCAAGGCACACGAGUUUGAAGAUUGGGAUGAGCUAGUGACAAUUGCUGCCAAGGAUUUGGAUAAAAAUAUGAAAUCAGUUUUAGGCAAGAAGUUUGAUCUUCUCGACUCACAAGCUGUAGAUCAAGAUGGACAAUUGAAGACUUUUAAAAGCGUCAACAUCGAUAGUGACUGCAGAGAAGCAACGUUAGUGGAAUCUAUAAGUAAAUUGUUAUGGUCUCCAGAGUCUUACGCCAUCAAGAGUAUUGCACCUAUAUUGGGAAUUCAAAUCUCUCCCAAUGACACAGCGAGACAAAUUUCUUCCUUGAAUAUCGAAGAGUCAUUCUACCCUGCCCUCUUUACAUCCAAAUACAGAUCAUUGAUAGAAGAGAUGAACAAAAAAAGGAUUCAGUCAGCAAAGGAAAGGACCACCAUCACUUCAAGAAUUAUGGCUUUGAGCUCUUUUGAAGGAAAGAAAAUCAGGAGUUUUCUAGAUAAAACGAAGAUCUAUAUGGAGAAAAUCGGCGAAAAGGAAGCACAUGAAGAUCUUUCCAAGCUAUCGGACUCUGUAAAGGAUGAAUCGGGUCAAUUAAAUGAGAAGUUAAAGAAAAUUAAUCACGACUACGUCAAACUCGAUACAUCCAUCCAAGACAACAUUAUAGAGGAGAUAAAAAAAGAUGAUAUGUUAGACGUACCUUCGAAAUAUCACUUGGUAGGUGUUGUAUUUUCAGAUACACACUAUGCUUACCGAUCCAGUCACAAGUCAGGUAAUGAAUGGGUACUAUUUCUCGCCGAUGCACCAAACGGGGUUGUUGUAGAUUUCAGGACAACACAAUGUACAUUUGGCGAAAUAAAAGGCUAUAUACAGGAUGAGCCAAGUGAUAAAUACAUCUUUUUGGUUUAUGAUGAUGAGAAUACGUUACAAGGAGAUGUGCUCAAACUCCCAGGUAGCUUAUCGUCAUUUUUCACUCAGGACAACAAAUUCUUACACGCUCAAAUUGAAAAUGCCGAAAAGGAGGAUAUUGAUGUUGUGCAGAGCAAUGAAGAGUCUACCGAAUAUGUGAGCAGAAAAGACUUUGGUGGAAAAGAAAGAGCUGACUCUGAUACAGAUUUAAUAGAUAUAUAG